AUGCCCAAGGAUACCACAUAUUAUCAGAUACUUGGUGUGGAAGUCACUGCCACAAACAUAGAGCUCAAAAAAGCUUACAGAAAGCAAGCUGUGAGACUACACCCCGACAAAAACACAGGUGACCCAGAGGCCUCUGCCAAAUUCCAAGCCUUAAAUGAAGCAUACAAUGUUUUGCAAGAUGAAAAAUUGAGAGUCUUGUAUGAUGAAGUUGGUGUGGAGGGUUUGAAGAAGAGCGCAAAUGGCGAACAGCCAGAGGAUUUCGACAUGAAUGAUUUCUUCAAGAUGAUAUUUGGUGGAGACAGCUUCGUUGAAUGGAUUGGUGAAAUCUCCAUCUUAAAUGAAAUGACCAAAAGUGCAGAAUUGAUGGACCCGGAAGCUUUUCCACAAGCUACGGAAGCUAAUCCGGACCAGCUAGCCAUUGGCAAUGGUGAGAACAUCUCAGUAGAACACCCCAACACCUCUAAGAACUCCUCCGUCAGAGAAAGGCAUGAGAAAUUGGCCGCUUUGCAGGAAGAAUCAAGGUUGAUUGCCGACAAACGUGUGGCCGAGUUGAGUCAAACCUUGAUAGCCAAGAUUGAGCGCUAUGAGGAAGCACUUGCCUCCGGCACACUCAACAAAUUCGAGGCCAAUCUCCAAACCGAGCUUGAGGAGCUUAAGCUAGAGUCGUUUGGUCUACAACUUAUUCACUUGAUAGGUAAAACUUACGUCGCGCAGGCUAACGCCACCAUCGUGGCUCUCAAAACAUUUGGAGUUUCCAAAAUCAUAACCUCUACGAAGAGAAAAACGGAGAGAGUAAAGGGUGGAUUCCUGAUUCUCAAGUCGGCAUUAGACGCGCAGCGUUCGGCGGAAGAAUUGAUGAAUCACAGUGCUCUUGACGAGUCCAAUGAGGCCGAGCUCUCCGAAAGUGAACGAGUACGUCAAAUGGAGGCUGAAAGACUUCUCACCGGAAAAUUCUUGGCCACUGCCUGGGCCUCAAUCAAAUUUGAGGUCAGUGGAAUCCUCAAUAGAGUGACCCAGAAUAUCCUUAAGGACAAGAGUCUUUCUAAGAAGCAGAAGAUCGCCCGGGCAGAUGCACUUUUAUUCUUCGGAAAGAAAAUGUUGGCUACUGAGAGAACUGAAGAGGAAGCCGAAGAAGCCAGAAUAUUUGAAGAGAUGAUGACCGAAGCUAGCAAGAAGUCUUCGAAGGCCCGUGGACCUAAAAAGACUACCACAUGA